AUGCCACGAGCCCGCUACGAGCCGAUUCCUAGCGCCCAGGAGGCAGUUGAAGCUGCUGAAAGGCAGAUGGAGGACGCCUUUGAUAUAUCGGACGAUGAAGACGACCAUACCGACAACGCAGCGGAGACGCGUCCUAUGAUACCACAACCCACACGACCUGUGGAGCAUUCCUCGAGUGGCAAUAGUCAUGCUAACAAUAAUCUCUAUGAUUUUGAGUUCGAUUAUACUAUGCCUCCGCCCGGUUCUCCACCGAGACCGUCAGCGUUAGCGAUUCCGAACAACAUCUUUGGAAACACCAAUGGCGAGCUGCCAGAAUCCACGUCGAUCCCUUCCUUUCCUCGUCCCAAUUGGGUUCAACGUAACCUUGGCUCAUGGCUUCCUGACCGGUUCGCUCCUAAGCAGACUAGAGUCAUGGGUAGUGGACUCGGCAACGAUGGUGUCUUCGCCAAUGUGACCGCAAAGCCAUCUACGAAUAUCGCUCCCGAUCCUAGCCGUGCUGAACAAGGGUCCAGCUCGGUGCAUGUCGCCCCCGAGUUCGAACAAAAAGAUGCUCCGCCCACGUAUGCUGACGCUCAAAUGGACGCAGUUCCACCGUAUUGGGAUACCACAGUGCUUGCACCUGCACACUCAAGUGAUGAGCUUAUCAUUGAAGGAUUGCCCCCAGGCCAUCUACUUUCCUUCCUGACCAGCUUAUUCAUAUCAUUUUCCUUCCAAUUUAUCGGUAUGGACAAAUUACGCUAG